ACAGGGACUAUGGCACGUCGUGUGCAUGUGGAAGCGUACGACCGCGUUACCAAUCAAUGGCACAGGAAAGGCGAUCUGGUGGUGGAGCGUUCGGAGCACGAGUGCGUCUGCGUGGGUGGGAGGCUGUAUGCGAUCGGGGGAAUCUUUACCGAAGGCGUGUACCACGACAGCAUCGAAGUGUACGAUGAGGAGACGGAUAGUUGGGCGCUCCAUAAGUGCCGUUUGCUGCAGCCUAAAUUUGGCUUUGGCUGUGUCGUGAUGAAACUAAAGCGGCCGCGGGCAACGGCUAGCCGGCUGUAAGGCGCAAGGUGGAUGA